GCCAUUGCGGGAACGAAACUCGUGCAGGUGUCAUUCUGGGUGAUAAUCGUGCCCCGGCGAGGAGGGCACUUCACUACUUUGACCGACAUGAUGUCAGUCAUAUGACUUGUGUUAUCUUGUUUCAAUACGCGGACGGGUAUGGAGGAAACAAUUGAAGAGUCCCAAUUGAGAGAAAAUGCACCUUGCUUGUUAUCCAAACGAUGGCUGCUGGCCUACAUCUCCUCUAUCUCGUUCAUCUUCGUCUACGCCGUCAGGACCGACAUCAGUGUCGCCAUAGUCUGCAUGGUCAUUGACAACAACACAGCGUCUUCUGCAAACGUCUCCGACCCAAUGUGCGUCCCCAACGCUAAUGCUUCAAGGGGUUAUGACAGGGCGGAGUUCAAUUGGAACAAGGGAGAACAAUCCGGCAUUUUGUCCGCUUUUUACUAUGGUUAUAUCUUCGCCCAAAUCCCCGCUGGAUGGCUUGCCGGAAGGUUUGGGGGGAAAUAUGUGCUUGGAAUUGGUUGGACCAUUGGUGCCAUAGCAACCAUGUUGACUCCAGUUGGAGCACGGGAGAGCAUUUAUAUUGUGUACGCACUGAGGGUUCUCAUUGGAUUCUUUACGGGCGUGUCUUAUCCAGCGAUGCAGUCAAUGUGGGGGAAAUGGGCCCCACCUAUGGAGAGAAGUAAACUCCUCUCCCUGACGUUCUCGGGAGCUUUCGUCGGAAACAUUUUGACCUUUAUAAUAUCUGGCUAUUUGUGCGCUGAAGGAUUUGACAAUGGUUGGGGAUCUAUAUUUUACGUGGUAGGGGCAGCUAACCUAUUAUGGAUGAUUGUGUGGUUCGUCUUCGUGGCUGACAGUCCGUCAGCCCACUCCUCCAUCACUGAUGAAGAGCGCGACUACAUCGUUAAGAGCAUUGGGGACAGCACAAAACCGGUGACAUCUACUCCAUGGCGGGAGAUAGCAACAUCACGGCCACUCUACGUGUGCGUCCUGUCUCACGUCUGUUUCAACUGGUUGUUGUACACCAUCAUGGCGGAAGUACCAUCCUUCCUGAAAGAUGUUCUCCUCUACGAUGUUAAAUCAAACGGCCUGCUGUCGUCUGCUCCCUUCAUGGCCAUGUCUGUGACGUCAUUAGGAGGUGGCCAGAUAGCCGACUUCCUCCGAAGAAACUAUCUGAGCACCAAAGUCACCCGGAGAGGGGCUCAAGCUCUUGCUUUUCUCGGUGCCAGUGCGUGUUUGUUAGGGACGGGCUUCGUAUCCUGCAGCAACAGGUACGUCGGCGUUGUCCUCCUCUGUGUCUCCGUCGGCUUCAUGGGGCUCUGCAACUCUGGCUUCGUGGUCAACGUCGUCGACUUCGCUCCCAGAUACGCUGGAAUUCUGUUCGGAAUAUCCAACCUGUUUGCCACUGUUCCCGGGAUGACGGCACCACUGGCUGUUGGGGCGCUCACGCCCAAUAACACACAGGGAGAGUGGCGUACGGUGUUCUACAUCUGUGCGGGAUUCGGUCUUGUCGGAGCCAUCAUAUUUACCUUUUUCUCCGAGUUCGAAGUUCAACCCUGGGCACGGGAAAACGUUAAAGUUGACAUCGACGUUCUGGACAUGGACGGCAAGCCAAAAGUGGAAAAUUGUGAUGCGAACUCUGGAGUUCAUAACGAAGGAUUUACAGAGAAUGGGAAGAUCGAAUCACCUUGACUGCCAAGAAAAAAACAUUUCCCGUAAAAAACCAUGACAAUCCGGGUCACAAAAUUUCCCGUUUAACUGACUUGAUUAACGAAUCGUGAUCGUCCAGAAGGCGAGGGUUCUGGAUAAAGGGGGUCCGGAUUAACGAGGUUUUGCUGUAGUUUAUUUUCAUGGCUAACCUGAACUGGAAAUAAAUAUCAAUAAUGUCAACAAUGAGGACGGUAUCCCACUCACCAAGCGCACACGUUGUAGAUGUUUAAAGAAAUAAAACAAGUUCCACACGUUA